AUGACCUUACUAACAGUCAGCUUAACUGUUUUGUCUACUGACACCCCUCACCACAACCACACAUCUACUGACACCCCUCACCACAACCACACAUUUACUGACACCCCUCACCACAACCACACAUCUACUGACACCCCUCACCACAACCACACAUCUACUGACACCCCUCACCACAACCACACAUCUACUGACACCCCUCACCACAACCACACAUCUACUGACACCCCUCACCACAACCACACAUCUACUGACACCCCUCACCACAACCACACAUCUACUGACACCCCUCACCACAACCACACAUCUACUGACACCCCUCACCACAACCACACAUCUACUGACACCCCUCACCACAACCACACAUCUACUGACACCCCUCACCACAACCACACAUCUACUGACACCCCUCACCACAACCACACAUCUACUGACACCCCUCACCACAACCACACAUCUACUGACACCCCUCACCACAACCACACAUCUACUGACACCCCUCACCACAACCACACAUCUACUGACACCCCUCACCACAACCACACAUCUACUGACACCCCUCACCACAACCACACAUUUACUGACACCCCUCACCACAACCACACAUCUACUGACACCCCUCACCACAACCACACAUCUACUGACACCCCUCACCACAACCACACAUCUACUGACACCCCUCACCACAACCACACAUUUACUGACACCCCUCACCACAACCACACAUCUACUGACACCCCUCACCACAACCACACAUUUACUGACACCCCUCACCACAACCACACAUUUAAUGACCAGUGGCUUAAACGGUAUCUGUGUUAA